CGCAGUGAGCUAACAUGGCUGAGGUAUAGCGAAGAGUGGUCCAGACCAGCCUUACGAAAGUACGAUGUACAGAAGGUAUACUUAGCUAAGAACGUUUCGAGAAACACGCCGAAGCGUUAAGGUAGAUCUUAAUGUAGCUACAACUUACGAACGAGUUUGUUGUAUCAGUUUGAUAAUAUCCGGGUAUGUAUUCGAUGUCAUGAGUUUCAUCUGUAAACCCAGCAAUGACGUCCGUUUUAAUCGUAAAUAGAAACCUAAGAAUCAUUUAAAAACGGUGCUUCCUGGGCUCUGACUUUAACAGCAAUUAGCCUACCGAGGAGCAUUCGGUCCAACUGCAAUAUAAAAGGAAACUGCAUGCUUAUGUGUCUUUAUACAUGUCUGGUAGCGGAGGCCAACGAGGGGUCAGGCUGACCCAACACCAGGGCCAUGGCAGACCUUCAAGCCGAGGAUCGCGCGAGAAAGAGGAACACUGGGGAACCGAAGCCCCUAAUGGCCACUCUCAGAACAAGGGGGGAAGGGGCAGGUUGCAGUCCCGUAGCAGAAAGGUGGAGGCAGGUGGAAGCUCGCGAUGGAGAGGGGAACACAGCAAGCAAACGGCCCUGUUUCAGCACUGUCCACCUCCAGCAGGAGCAGAUGUGCAAAUCCAGGAGACAGUAAGGCCUGUAAGGCCAGCAGGAGAGGAGGCCACAACAGAUCUCUGGGACAGACUGAAAAACCUUUCUCUCCAUCCCAUGAAAAAUCCAUCCAGAAUCCCGGCAGUAGGUGUACCCAAGUCCCAAGGAAAUCCGAGACCUCCAAAUGGCACCAAAGGCUGCAGUGCUACAAAGAAUGAGCACAGCUCACACAGGGGCCAGCUUGGUCCAUCAAACAGAACAAGCCAGCCCAACCUGUUUGAACUUAGUCAUCGCUUACAGAGCCGUGAACAUAGGCCCAGGAGGGGUGAGACGCCCCAGGACCCUGAUCACAAGCCCACCCAUAGGUUAGACUUCCGCUCCCUGGAAAAGAUCCUGCAGAUGGAGCCCUCAGAGGUAGUGAUGAAGCUGGCUGCUCCAGGGAGCGGCCUGAAGGAACUCCUUAACAGGAAGAACACCACAGACAGGCUGACCCAUAUUACCCUGGAUGUCCUCAGUAAGGCCCGCAACUGCCGGACCAAAAGUUAUAACUUGCAGCACCUCCUCUCUGAGGUUAAGGACUCCCAGUUCCUAAAGGGCACCAUCCCCAUGUUUGUAAAGACUCUAGGAGCAACAUUAGGCACAAAUGACCAGGGCAGGAGGGGUCAGAAUAUAGCAAGAUUCAAGCAGAUUAUUGACCUGCACAUCACUCUGAUGAGCGUGUUUCCAUCCAGUACCAUCAAUGCCCUCCACCUCACCCAGCUGCAGAAGGUGGGUGUUACCAUUGGGGAGGAUGUCUAUAAGAGCCUUGGGAAGCUCCAGAACAUGGCAGCCCACCUGCAGGAGAAUAAGCAAGAUGGCACUCUAUGGUCAGACACCUACUCCUUUCUGCCGGGCAGACUGGAGGAGAGUGUGGGUGACUUCAGGCUCAUGUCCGUCUUCCCCACAUAUGAGGAUGUGCAUACCACCAAGCUGCCGUUCCUGAGGCCCAACAUCGUGGAGGAGAAGUUCAAAGAUGGCGAGACCUACCUGGACACACAUUUCCGCCUGCUCCGGGAGGACUUCAUCAAACCCCUGAGGGAUGGGAUCUCCCAACUCCUCCACUUCAAGGGGAAGGACCUUCGGCAGGGACGUUUCGAUGACAUUCGUAUCUACUUCAAUGCACAAAUAAUAACCCCAGUGUGCACACCAAAGGGAAUCCUUUACAUGGUAAAAUUUGACAAGAAGAACUUGAAAAUUGUCAACUGGGAGAGCUCCAAGAGGCUGCUGUUUGGAGCGCUGGUGUGCCUGUCCAUGGACAACUUCCAGACAAUGAUUUUUGCCACUGUGGCCAACCGGGAUGUGAAAGACCUCCAGAAGGGUAUUACCGCUCUCUUUUUCACUGAAGAAAGCAGGAGUAAACUGGCAGACAUGUCUCCAAAUGAUGUGUUCCUCAUGGUGGAGAACAUGGCAUUUUUCGAAGCUUACCGUCAUGUCCUGGAGGGCCUGCAGGAGAUGUCCAUAGAGGACUUUCCCAUGCAAAGGUACAUCGUCAGCUGUGAGAAAGACAUAUCCCCCCCAAAAUACGUUCUUGCUCAUCGGCAUGGCUAUAGCCUGGAGGCUCUGAAGAACAAUAACCAGCUGAAAACACAGUCAUUACAUAUGAAGCAAAGGCCUUUCUUUUCAGCCAUGGCGAUGGAUUCCAAACACACCACAAGAAGGCAUACCGUGAGAGAUAUCCUGAACUUCAGUGACUGGCCCAGUAAAGAAAUGCUUGGACUGGACGAGUCACAGAUGAAGGCAGUGCGGCUGGCCCUCACCAAGGAGCUUGCCAUCAUUCAAGGCCCACCAGGAACAGGAAAGACUUUUGUUGGUCUGAAAAUUGUCAAGGCUCUUCUGGACAAUGCUGACAUGUGGCGUUCAACAGCAGGCUCUCCUAUCCUGGUUGUCUGUUACACAAACCAUGCACUGGAUCAAUUCCUGGAAGGCAUUCUCAAGUUCAUGAGUAAAUCCUCAGUGUUGGUGCGAUUGGGAGGGAGAAGCACAAACGAUGCCUUAAAGAAGCUCUCUCUGACUAACCUGAGGAACCAAGGAAAGUUUUGGCAGAACCUGCCGGGUCAUCUGAGAACCAUGAAGUUCAAGCUCAAGGAAGAAAGAAAAAUUCUGGAGGGCAAAAUUGAAAGUUUGGCGGCCAUGUUUGCAAGCUCAGCUAAGGGAGUUAUACACGAGAGUGUGCUGAAAGAAUACAUACUCUCUCUCCAUGGUGUGACGCUUGGACGACAGCUUGGCAGAGGAGGAGGGUCCUGUAGAAGAAAGGCUCAGUCACUGAUGCUGGAUUGGCUGGGAAUUUCCUUGUCGACUCACAGCUCCAGGACAAUUGGGUGGGAUGAACAGGUCAGCUGGGAGGAGGCCAGCUGCACAGUGGAUGACCUUGCAAGAGUGACAGAAGUUCUCUCUUUAGGGCCAUUGGACAGUGGAGACUCUGCAAGCGAUGUAACCGAGGGAGAUGGAGACGUGGCCAAUCUGCUCCAAGUGACAGAAGAGGCGGAAAAGAUGCAGGCUGAGAGAAUUAUGGAGGGGGACGACAUGCAGAAGCACAUCCACAGCGCCCUCAAGAGGAGGGAGGCCAGAGAGAGGGAGGACCUCGCCUUUGUGUUAAAGGACAAUGAUGAGCCAGAGGAGGAUGGUGAUGAGGGGUGGGAGAUAACCCGAGCAAUGAAGAAGAAGCUGAAGAAUGUGGUAAAGCAGGAACUUGAGAAAACGGACCACAUGCUAGAGGAGAGUGCAAAGCGGAUCCGAGAUCUCUGGGCCGUGCCUGAAAAGCAACGCUGGCAUCUCUAUAGACUCUGGCUGUCAAAAUACCGCAGAAACCUAAGGGUCAAGAUUCUUAGUCAUGAGAAUGAGUACCAGAGCAUUGUGCACCGCAUGGAUGAGCUGAGGCAGCUGGAGGACAAAACUCUUCUCAGGAGUGCCAGCGUCAUCGGAAUGACAACCACAUGUGCAGCUCGUUGCAGACGGGUUCUGCAGGACAUCCAGCCCAGGAUAGUUGUGGUGGAGGAGGCAGCUGAGGUUCUGGAAGCCCACAUCAUUACCACGCUCACCUCUGCCUGCCAGCACCUCAUACUGAUCGGAGACCACCAGCAGCUCCGCCCCAGCACUGCAGUGUAUGAGCUCGCAAAGGACUUUAACUUGGAAGUGUCCUUGUUUGAGCGUCUCGUUCAUAUGGACGUGCCUUAUGUCAGACUGGACUACCAGCACCGAAUGCGUCCUGAGAUUGCAAAGCUGUUGACACCACACAUCUACGACAAACUGAAAAACCACUCCUCUGUUCAUCUGUAUGAAAAUAUUAAGGGAGUAACAACAAAUGUGUUCUUUGUGGAUCAUGAGCAUCUGGAAGAGAACAUCCAAGAAGGCCAUAGUCACCAGAACAUGCAUGAGGCCACCUUUGUGAAAGCUCUCUGCCACUACCUGAUGUGCCAGGGCUAUAAGCCCUCCCAGAUCACCAUCCUCACCACGUACAAUGGCCAGCUCUCCUGUCUGAAGAAGAUCAUGCCCAAGAGCAUAUUUCAGGGUGUCAACCUCUGUGUGGUAGACCGCUACCAGGGUGAGGAAAAUGACAUUGUGAUACUCUCCUUAGUCAGGAGCAACAAGGAACGGAGGGUGGGCUUCCUGAAAAUCCCCAACCGGGUGUGCGUGGCUCUGUCGAGAGCCAGGAAGGCCCUGUUCUGUAUCAGUAACAUGACCAUGCUCUCCUCAGUCCCUCUGUGGAGCAAAAUCAUGGCUGUGCUGAGCCGCAACCAGCAGAUUGGCAAGGCUCUGAUGCUGCGGUGUGAGAACCAUCCUGCCACCAUCACAGAGGUGUCCAAGCAGGAGGACUUCCUCAAGGUGCCGCUUGGUGGCUGUGGUGUGCCCUGUGAGUACCGGCUGGACUGUGGCCAUGUCUGCACCAGGCUAUGCCACCCAACCGACUCAGACCACAAACUGUUCAAAUGCACAAAGCCCUGCACCAAGACCCUGUGCCAGGACGGGCACAGGUGCCCCAAGAAGUGCUCCGAAGAGUGUGGUGAGUGCCAGGUGAUCGUCACCAGGACGAUGCCCAAAUGUGGCCACGAGCAGGAGGUUCCCUGCUCGCAUUCUCUCGACAGUUUCAUUUGCCAGGUCCCCUGCAACAAGAUGCUGCAGUGUGGUCACCUAUGUGUCCGUGGCUGUGGGGAGUCCUGCACCGAAAACUGUCCCCAAAGAGUGACGGUCCCUCUGGACUGUGGCCACCAGAGAGUCAUGCAGUGUCACGUGAAGCAAGAGGUCGAUAAUAACCAGGAGCAGGUUAAGUGCUGGAAGAAAUGCGAUGCAGAGCUUGAGUGUGGACACAUCUGCUUGGGCAGCUGUUUUCAGUGUGCAGGGGGCAGCAUGCAUCUUCCAUGCGCCUCUCCUUGCAACACUCAGUUGAUCUGCUUCCACCGGUGCCAGCAGGUAUGCAAGCAGGGAUGCAUGCCCUGCAGUAAGCCAUGUGAAACCCAAUGCUACCACCGAAAAUGCCCAAAGCUGUGCUCAGAGGCCUGUCCACCAUGCACUGACCCCUGUGGCUGGCGUUGCAAGCACCACGAAUGCACUCGCCUGUGCCACGAGCCAUGUGACAGACCACCAUGCAAUGUUGCCUGCUACAGAAAGCUGAAAUGCGGACAUUCCUGCAUUGGUAUGUGCGGGGAGCCCUGCCCAAAUAAGUGUCGUGUCUGCAAUGCUGAUGAGGUUCUCAAGCUGUUCGUCAGCAGUGAGGCCAACCCCAAGGCCCGCUUCGUGCAGCUGGCUGACUGCAACCACAUCUUUGAGGUGACGGGGUUCGACUCCUGGAUGGCAUCGCCAGAGGAAAAUGGGGCCAUCAGACAAAAGUCCUGUCCCAAGUGCCAGACCCCCAUCCGAAGGAGUGUGCGCUACAAUGCUAUCAUUAAAAGUGCACAGCUGGACAUGGAGACAAUGAAGAAGAAAGCCGCAGUGAUGUUGGUGGAGCAUAUUCAAAGUACCGUGAAGGAGAAAGAGAAGAAGGGGAUAAAAUCUCCAGAAAUCGCGCCUCUGCUUUCUAAGUUAACAGGUGCUGACUUGGGAAGAGUGGCGUUACUCGGUGAGCAGAUUACACUCCUCUCACAGCUGGCAGAAAUAGAAUGGAAUGUAAUGAUGGACAUGCCAUUGCGCCAUCGGAUAACGAUAGACCAUGCGGUGCAUCUUUGCAUUAAAAAGGUUGCCACGGCCAAACCCACACAGGUGUCCGAGUGUCAGACAGAAGUGAAACGGAUCUUGUGUCUGGCCGAAGCAUAUGGAUUAGCAGCUAUCUAUUCAAAACCUCGACAUCCUGUAUUUUUUGCCAACUGGCUCACUCCAGAGCAACUGCAGGGAGUAAUUUCUAAGUUGUUGGCCAACAAGCCCCCAUUGAGCAAUCCUGAUUUGAAAAAUAUGCAAGAAGUUCUCAAUGGUAUUGCAAAGGAGAUUAGCCCAUCCACAAAAUGGAAGAUGCUGGAGGACACAACGGAUGUCUCAACUGUCCUCAGUUGCAAAUUUCUGAAACUUGCCCAUUGGUUCAAGUGUAGCAGAGGACACGUAUACUACAGGGAAAGUGCUGACACCAAUAGCCAGAGUGAAUUGUGCCCAGAGUGUCUGACAGAGUGAGCGAGCUCACUGCAUUGCAUUAUAUGAGGUCUGCCUUAACUGAGAAUUACUAAUAGUUCACAUAGACAAAUUUUUCAUCAAAGUCGGGUUUUCUGUUGCUUAAGCGUAAACAGUAUUAUUUGUUAGUUUAAUCAUUUUGGAGUGCCUUAAAUUUAUUUCUUAUGACCUGUGAUAUCUUUGUGGGCCUAAUCUUUUAAAAUUCAAGGCCAAUCUUAUUUGCAUGCAUUUUCUGCUUGGUUACUGGGAGGUAAUAGUUACAGUAUUAAGGCUUGGACUAGUAUCACUGUAGGUAUUAGGAAGCUGUUUCUUUUUUCAUGCCGCUUUUGUUUUACGUUGUAUUCUCUCUUCUCUCUUCUUUUGAACAUACCCCUUCUUUUGGACAUAUAUAAUGUCAUUUAAUAAUUUUUAAUAAAAAAAAACCCAAAAGUAUAUAUCUAUAUUGUUACAAUUACAGCAUAUUUAGUAAUCAUUAAUGUUACCCAUACUGGCUUUAUAUCAGGGAAUAUGGAGAAUAGUAAUCCAUAACACUAACCCAUGUCAGUUCAAUAUACGCUCACUGAGCAUUUUAGGUAGACCUGUACACCAGCUUGUUAAUGAAAAUAUUUAAUCAGCCAAUCAUGUGGCAGCAACUAAAUGCGUAAAAGCAUGCAGAUGUGGUCAAGAGAUUCAGCUGUUUUUGUAUGCAUUUAUGCUCAUGAUGAAAAGUGAGUACUGUAGGUCUGUUCCGUACAUCUGUUCCGACACCAAUCUGUAAACCAUAUUCAUGCCAUAUACAAAAAAUAAAAACAUUACAAGAAAU